AUGGCUCCUAUUUGGUUUCUGUCAAUUCUCUUCCUCAGCUGUCUUCUUCUCGUCACUUACAAACGCCAGAAGCAGCAACGACGACCACCAUCUCCUCCAGGUUUUCCGAUCAUCGGAAACUUACAUCAGCUCGGAGAAUUACCACAUCAGUCUCUAUGGAGACUCUCCAAAAAUUAUGGCCCUGUCAUGUUUCUGAAGCUUGGAAAAAUUCCAACGGUCAUAAUUUCUUCUGCUGAUACAGCUAAGCAAGCUCUGAAAAUCCAUGACAUUCAUUGUUGUAGCCGCCCAAGCUUAGUAGGGCCAAGAGAGCUUUCUUACAACUAUCUGGACAUUGCUUUCGCUCCCUUUGAUGAUUACUGGAAAGAACUAAAGAAGAUGUGUGUGCAAGAGCUCUUUAGUGCUAAACGAGUCCACUCGAUUCAACCAAUCAGAGACGAAGAAGUCAAGAAACUGAUUGAUUCAGUCUCGGAGUCAGCUUCUCAGAAAGCACCGGUUAACUUGAGCGAGAAGUUUAUUGCUUUAACUGUAAGCGUGAUAUGCAAGGCAGCGUUUGGUGUGAGUUUCCACGCAACUGUGCUCAACAAUGACAGAUUCGAUAAGCUAAUGCGCGAGUCAUUUUUGUUCUUGGGGAGCUUCUCUGCCUCUGACUUUUUUCCUAAUGGCGGUUGGAUCAUCGACUGGCUCACGGGUUUACAAGGGCGCAGAGAGAAAAGUGUGAGAGAUCUUGAUACGUUCUAUGAACAAAUGUUUGAUUUGCAUAAACAGGGAAACAAAGGAGGAGUUGAAGAUUUUGUGGGCUUGCUCUUGAGGUUGGAGAAAGAAGAAACUGUUCUUGGAUAUGGCAAGCUCACAAGAAACCAUAUUAAAGCAGUCUUGAUGAAUGUUCUUAUUGGGGCCAUUGGUACUUCUGCAAUAACAGUGACUUGGGCAAUGACAGAACUUAUGAGAAACCCACAAGCGAUGAAGAAAGUUCAAUCUGAAAUCAGAAACCAAAUGAGGAGAAAAUCAGUGAUCAGCUUGGAUGACACGGAACAGCUACGUUACCUGAAAAUGGUGAUCAAAGAAACAUGGAGGCUACAUCCUCCAGCACCUCUUCUGGUUCCAAGAGAAGUUAUGUCUGAAUUUGAGAUCAAUGGCUACAAGAUUCAACCCAAGACACGACUUUAUGUGAAUGCUUGGGCUAUCGGGCGUGAUCCGGAUACCUGGAAAGAUCCAGAGAUGUUUCUCCCUGAAAGAUUUGUCGAUAAUAACAUUGAUGCCAAAGGACAGAGUUUUGAGUUGUUACCGUUUGGAAGCGGCCGAAGAAUCUGUCCUGGAAUUUACAUGGGGACAACAAUGGUGGAGUUUCUUCUUGCGAAUAUGUUGUAUCACUUUGACUGGAAAUUGCCACAAGGCAUGGUAGUCGAAGAUAUUGACAUGGAAGAAUCUCCUGGACUCAAUGUGAGCAAGAAAAAUGAACUUCUACUUGUUCCUGUGAAGUAUUUAGCUCAUUGA